UGUUCACUCCCGUUCCACGAUGCGAAGAAGCUUAGCACUAGCACUCUUCCUGAGCUUCUUCUCUUGCUACCUAAUAAUCUCAACUCCAUCCCUGGCUUCCUCCGACGAGUUCCUCCAAUGCCUACGGCGGGAGAUACCUAGCAGGCUGGUGUACGCACAGGGCUCGAGCAAUUUCAACGAGGUGCUGGCCUCCUCCAUCCGGAACCCAAAGUUCUUCACCAACACCACGGUGAGGCCGCUGUGCAUCGUGACGCCCGCCGGCGCCUCCCACGUGCAGGCCGCCGUGGGCUGCGGCCGCAGGUGGGCCGUGGGCCUCCGCGUGCGCAGCGGCGGGCACGACUACGAGGGCCUGUCCUACCGCUCGGUCCGGCCCAUGGAUUUCGCCGUCGUCGACCUCGCGGCCCUCCGCGCCGUGUUCGUCAACCACUCCGAUUCGACGGCCUGGGUCGACUCCGGCGCCACGAUCGGGGAGCUGUACUACAGCAUCGCGAAGAGCAGCCCGGAGACGGCGUUUCCGGCCGGGGUUUGCCCGACCAUGGGCGUGGGCGGCCACUUCAGCGGCGGCGGCAUGGGCCUGAUGAUGCGCAAGCAUGGGCUCUCCGUGGACAACGUCGUGGACGCCAAGCUCGUGAACCGCGACGGGGCCGUCCUGGGCCGGGCCUCCAUGGGGGAGGACCUCUUCUGGGCCGUCCGCGGCGGCGGCGGGAGCUUCGGCGUGGUGCUCUCGUGGAAGGUCCGGCUCGUGCGUGUCCCGCCCAAGGUGGCCGUGUUCAACGUUGCCAGGAUGGUCGGCCAGAACGCGACCGGCAUCCUGGCCAGAUGGCAGGACGUGGCCCCGGCACUCCCUGGCGAGCUCACCGUCAGGGUCCUCGUGCAAGGGCGGCAGCGAGCCCUGUUCCAGGCCCUGUACCUCGGCACGUGCAAGUCGCUGGUGGCCACCAUGGGCCGCGAGUUCCCGGAGCUCGGGAUGACGGGGGCCGACUGCCGGCCCAUGACGUGGCUCCAGUCCGUGGGCUUCGCCAUCUCCGGCAACGCCGACACGCCCGUGGAGGCGCUCCUGAACCGGAGCACCGGCGCCCUGAGCAGCAGCAGCUUCGUCAAGAACAAGUCCGACUACGUCCGGCGCGCCAUCCCCAAGGCCGUCUGGGAGGACAUCUUCUCCAGAUGGUUCAACAAGAACAUCGGCUCCGGCGGCGGCCGCGACGGCGACGGGCUCAUGAUCCUGGGGCCACAUGGCGGGUUCAUGAGCACCGUCCCCGCCGCCGCGACGCCGUACCCGCACAGGGACGGCGUGCUGUACAACAUCCAGUACAUCGUGUCCUGGAGGCAGCAGCACGCCGGCGACGAUGGCGCGGCGGCGAUGACGUGGCUGGGGAGCUUGUACGACUUCAUGGGCCAGCACGUGAGCAAGGAGCCCAGGGAGGCGUACGUGAACUACAGGGACCUGGACAUCGGCGAGAACUCUGAGUCUGUGAUGGGGAACGCCAACGGCGUCGGCGGCUUCGACGCUGGCAAGGCCUGGGGUGAGCGCUACUUCAUGGGCAACUACCGGAGGCUCGCCCAGGUGAAGGCGGCCGUGGAUCCCACCGACUACUUCAGAAACGAGCAGAGCAUCCCGCCCUUGUUCCAACCACGCAACUGAUGAUAUGAUCGAGCAGAAUAUAAGCUCAAUGCCUUCGUGUCUACAUAUAUACUGUUAACCGGAGAGAUUGACUUUACUUGAUUUCUUGAAUAAGCAAUGUCAACUGUCAGGCUGUAGCUUUGCAUUGUGAGAUCGUCAGAUGUGCAUGUUUGUGUUUGAGAAUUUUAGUCGGUUUAAGCAUAUGUUAAAUAAAC